CCGGAAGAGAAGAAGGUUCUUUCCUAGCCAUCUUGUGGCUUCAUCUAGCGAAGUGCUCGCACCAAGCCUCGUAGAAUCGGAGGAAAAUCCUGCUGAAGGGGCGCCAUCAUGCCCGGACAAAUGCAAGAAGGUUUUGGCUGUGCCAUAACCAAUCGGUUCGACCAGUUAUUUGACGACGAGUCGGAUCCUUUUGAGCUGAUUAAGCAGGCAGAAGUGAAGAAGAAGGAGGCUCCAGCUCCUGGUGCCGCCAAGACUGCAGCUCAGGCUACCAAGCAGCCCAAAAAGGAGUCGCAGAAGGAAAGAAAGACCCCGUUGGCUGACAAGAAAGAGGAGGCCCAGGCACCCGUACCACUGAAGAAAGAUGGUCCCGGCAUGAGGAGAAUGGGCCGGAAGCCGGAGGGUGAUGGCCCCAGACCUCAGGGAGAUGGACGUCAACCCACAGACAGGCGGCCUGUGGACAGGCGGCCACCCCGCCGCUACGAGAGGCCUGCUGGCGAAGCUGGCGACAAGCCUGAGGGCAGCGAAUUCUCCGUGGAGAAGCCCAUUGGUGACAGGCCAAUGAGAGGCCGUGGCGGCGGCAGAGGAGGACGUGGAGGCAGAGGACGCGGCAUGGGUCGCAGCGAUGGCUUUGAUUCUCGAGGAAAACGUGAAUUUGACAGACACAGUGGCAGCGACCGAUCUAGUCUGAAAGGUGAGGAGAAGCGUGGAGGAAGUGGAUCUCACAACUGGGGAACCGUCAAGGAUGAACUGAAUGAGCUUGACCAGUCAAACGCCACUGAAGAGAACGCCGAAGGAGACGAGCACCCACCUGCUGACUCCGAGAACAAAAGGGAGAACGAGGUUGAGGAAGUGAAGGACGAAGGCCCCAAGGAGAUGACUCUGGACGAAUGGAAAGCCAUGCAGGAUAAGGAACGCGCCAAGGUGGAGUUCAACAUCCGUAAGGCCAACGAGGGAGCAGACUGGAACAGCGGAUUUGUGCUGCACAAGUCCAAGGCAGAUGACAAGAAAAGUGACCUGAUUGACCCCGAGGCCGAAGAGCACAAGGGAGAAGAUGAGCACCACUUCCGCAAGCCAGCCAACGACAUCACGUCCCAGCUGGAAAUCAACUUUGGAGAUCUUGGACGUCCGGGCCGCGGACGCGGCGGGCCUCGUGGUGGCCGGGGAGGCCGCGGCCGUGGCGGCGGCGGCGGCGCUGGCAGCGGCGCUGGCAGUGGCGGCGACGUCGCACCAAGGCCAACCCGCGGUGGAAGGACUGACAAGUCGUCUGCGUCUGUGCCAAACGUGGAUGACCCCGAGGCCUUCCCAGCCCUGGCUUGAGCCCCGGCUGUUGACCCUCAGGCCUACAGGAGCCUCCUGAGCACCUCCACUACGAGGCUUGCAUGUUCCUGGAUCCUUCAGCAAAGUGAAAUGGAGAAGACUGUCAUUAACUAUGACACUCAAUGUGAGGACUGAGUUUUGCCCAAUAAAAAGAAAACAAGGAUUUAAAAAAAACACAAAUUAACAAAAAAAAAAACAAAAAAAAGGACUUCUUGCUACUCUGAAGCAACUUAUUGGUAGAGGUUUUGUACUUGGAACAAAGUAGCAGGGAUGUUUUCAUACAGUAUUUUUUUCAGAGGUUAUGCAUUGUCCAUUGAUAAAUUUUUGUAAUUGCUGCUUGAGAAUAUGCAUUUUGAGUUGUAAGCAUAGGAGUUUUUGGCUUGGUGUGUGCCAUUGCUUACUUAUUUUUGAAUAGGCACUGUGGAAUUCCAGUCCAAGCUCACUAAUUCUGCCACUGCAGGUUUUUCUGAAAACGUUAGUUUCAUUCAAUGAGAUUAAAGGAAUGAUUUCCUUCAGCACUGGGGUAUUGUUUUAUAUUUUAUACAGGAGGUUUAUUCUUGUAUGAUUUUAAGUAAAUCUAUUUUCAUGAAUCCUUUCAGUGGCUGUAUUUCUCAUGGUGCAAAUUGGACAUCUCUUGAUCUCCGAUUGAGGAAUGGGGCUGACAUUUGAAAGCUUUGGUGAAAUUACACCUCAGUCUGGUUUUUUGCUUUUAAUAUGAUGAAUGAAUGGAUGGAUUAGAUUCUUUCUUUGGGGGAAGUCAUUGGUGAUUCUUCCCUUCAAUUUGUAAUGAUUCUCAAACAUUUACUGAAGCUGAAAGUUAUUUCCUGUGUUAUGAUUUACUUGUAUUUGGGGUGCUAUUUACCAGCUAACCUAUCUUCCUCCUCAAUACUCACCACUCAUUUCAUCCUCUUGAGCCAUCGUCAGUGUCAGCCACCGCCUCUCUUUCUACAUGCGAGUGAAAAUGAGGCAGGGAACUGUUCCUACACAGUUGUGAUGUGGCUGUAGUCCUCCGAACGCCCUCAGCCAGGCCCCCCACCAGCUCCCGGUCUUUGUUUACACACUCCACUCCAGCGCCCUUCCACAGAUGUAACUUGAGCUCAGCUUCAGUUUGCUUCUGCAGUCUGUCCUCUGCUGGCGUUUCCCUCCUCUGUUGACUUGGCCUGCAGCCUCCUCAGUGGCACCACUGCAUAAUUGCUCUGAAAGAAAUACAGUUGUCCAUUGUGUGGUACAACUGAAGUUAUUUACAAAUGUGUGAAUUCCAGCCCUGCUAUUAGAGACCUCUGUCGGUAAAUAAAGAUGGUCGGUAAA